AUGCCGCCAUGCGGGAGCGUCAUAACGGACGUCGAGGACGUGCGGGAGCAGCUCUCUCUCCCCUCCCACCUGCCGCCCAGCGAAGUUGUGCGUCAGGCCUUCGCCUUGAUGAAGCUCGACUUGCCAGAAAACCGCAGUGUAGGGUACGCGGCCAGGCGGAUGCGGAUGCACUUGGAGAGUCGAGCAAAGGAGGAAGAGGAGGAUGAGGAUGAGGAUGAGGAGGAGGAGGAGGAUACCUCAUACCUCGUCAAGCUUUGCGAGAGUGAACUACAUAAGGAGGCUGACAGGACUGAUACAACUGAGCAGCUGGUGAUGGAGGCCCGGCGCCUCUUAUCGCUUCCACGCGAUCAGAUGGCUGACGAAUGUUUCCGUACGAUCAAGAAUGGUCAGGCUGAUCUACAGACGGUGGGUCAAGCCUGCCGUAUUCUGCACAUCCUGUCAAUCAGAGACGAGACAGGAAUCAAAAUUUACGAUGACGGUGUAGUGGACGCGAUAGUAUCUGUGAUGGAAGCGGCUGAAAGAGACCCAUCGGUCCUGUUGUCGGCCUGUCUGUUGCUGAGGUCGAUCGCAGCUCUUCUGGACAAGCCCGACAUCGAGAAACUGUCUCAACGCUUGAUCAGAGCGAUGAACGACCACAAAGAGCACGAAGAGUUUCAGCUUGUAGCCAUGGACUUGAUCUCACGCAUGGUCCAUGACGAGGAUUCUGCACUAAUCAUGGGUGAAAUCCCUGGAAUCACGUGCUUGAUUUCAAGCAUGGAGCACCAUGCGAAUAGUCGAGCCAUUCAAGAGAAAGGGUGUGGUGCGUUGGCAACCCUGAUAUCGCAUGAUGGUCAAAGCCUGGGAUGUUUUGCUGCAGAGCAAGGGAUAGAUGCUGUCGUUGCAGCAGCGUUCAAGUUUCAAGAUUCUCCUUCCAUGUACGCUGCAGCAGCCAAGUGCAUCUUUUUUUUAUCGUCGGCUACCUUCUACUUGAACAGAGUUGCUUCUUGUGGAGGAUCAGCGAUCGUGUUGAGAGCCAUGCGCCUGAACAUGAACAAUCCUGAAGCGCUCGAGGAUGCAUGCGGAGCUGUUGCUAUCUUGAGCGAGAAUGAUAGGAACAGGAAGAUCAUCCUAGAAAGAGAUGGUAUCACGGCUGUCACUAAUGUCAUGAAAAUGUAUUGUACGCAGCCGAUCCUCGGCUUAGUGGCCUUGAAAGCGAUAAGAAAUCUUGCAGUGACUCAGGAGCAAGCGAACAAGUUCUUUCAGAUGGGAGGCUUACAGGCUAUUGUGCAGAUCAUGCUUUGCGUGCGAGGAUACAUAGAAAUAGAGUGGGAGGCGUGCAACACUCUGCGCGUGAAUUCCUAUUUUGCUGGCAGUUUGCUGGCGACAACAGGGGCAUUGGGAGCGGCAUUGGACGCGAUGAAAAGGUAUCCCAACAAUCCUGAUAUGCAAAUCGUUGUAUGCAAGAUCAUGGGGCAUGUUUUAUCGGACCCUGAGUGUCUCGAAAGAAUCGGAGAUGAAGGUGGGGCGGAGGUAGUGAUGCAAGCCUUGGAAACACACCUUGAAAACCCUGAUGUAGUCGUGUGGGGAUGUCACACUAUGUUGGGGCUGAGCGUUCGCCUGACACCCAAGAUCUCUUUCAUGCACUCGCAGCGAUGGUCUGAACUGCUGGUGAAGGCCAAGGCGAAGCACGCAAAGCACAAGGAGAUCCCGUGGAUCUGCCAGGCUGCGAUCAAAGCACGGGAAGGCAAGAGGCUCAGCCCGGAGGAGAUGCUUCGAUUCUUCGAGAUCCAGGGGUUUCAGGUUGAUCUUAGCAACAUGGGGCUGGAGGACAUGGAUCUGAACUCUUCAGAACAACGAAAAUUUUUGAUGCGAAAGAGAAGCAAGAAACAAGGAGCACAGGCGCAACCGGCUGAGAACAUUCGAGACAUUCUCAAUGACGAUGAGAUUCAAAGGAUCGUAGCAAGCAUUGAGGGAGACGAAAAAGGCGUGGAGAAGAACAAUCACAAAAAGAAGAACAAGAAAAAAUCGAGUACGGCUGCUUCGCAGGAGCAACGCCCAGGCAAGGACGAGGGUAUAGCUGCUUCACAGGGGCAAAGUCAAGGCAAGGGUGAAAUUAAUAAGGGGCAGCACAACUGCGUUGAGGACAGCAUCGACGAUCAAGAGGAGAGGAUGCGUGGCUUGAGGAUAGACGCUGCUUCCGCGGCAGCUGGUGUCAAAUCCAAGUCAAAGCGCAAGAAAUCAAAAGCAAAGGCUAAGGGCCGAGCGGAGGGGGACAGCCGUUGUGAUAUGCAAGGAAAGCUUGCUGAUUGCGGAAGGAUUUGGAUCCAGCAGGGAAACGAGGGGGUUGAUCAUGCGGCGGGCGGUUGCGGCGGGAUGAUCAAGGGGAUGGUGGAGGUCGAGGAGUUCGGCAGAAAACUCAUCAAGAGCAGCAGAGAGUGGGAGAAGAAUGCCGCAGGAGGACUGAGGGGUACUAAGAUACACGAGGAGAUCGAAGAGGAGCAGGGGCAGCUUACAGGGUCAUCAGUCACGAUCUUCUGGUCUCCGUGA